ACGUUGAGGGAAAUGGAAAAGAGCUGGAGCAGCAGGCCACCAAUGCCGUUGAACAGGAAUAUGAUCCCUUCAAAUGACGCGCUUCGUACGGCACGUGGCUUCGCCCGGUUUCCAGCACUUGCGCAGAGAUGUUUCGAGAAGCUAUCGAAUCCAGCGUGCGCGUAAAUAAACAUAGGUGGAAUAAAAUUACCCAAGCAGGCAGAUUAACAAUGGCAACAGAUGUAGAGCCAGUCACAACGGCAGACAAGUUCUCAGCAAAUGCUGAGGAAUUGGAGAGCUACUAUCUAAUGCUCGAGGCUGGUACCAUACCGGAAUUACAGUGGAUAUUUCCCGGACGGCGGGCGCCCUCGCCGGACGCCAGUUCUGGGGGGAAUAGCAAAGAGCUGGAGCAGGCCACCGAUGCCAUUGAACAGGAACCGCAGAAGGCGAAUGACUUUGACUUCAGCGACGAUGUGGCUCCCACACAGAUGCGGGUACGCAGCCAGACAUCCACGCCGAAGUCGGCCAAAAAGAAGACGGCCGACUUUGCCGGUGUUAUGGAGACGCUCAAGAAGAAGAAUGCCGAAAGCUCCUAGCAUACGGGGAAGCGUAGUAUCAGCCAUAGGCCGUUCUUCUGAUACGACUACGACGCGGAACCUGGAUACCUGACUCUGGAUUUGAAUUGGAGGAUCGACAAGGUAAUAUUUUGUAUUUAAGGCACUACCAAUCAUGUUUUAUCCUAGGCUAUUUGUUUUGUCCACGUUGUAUUAAGAUGUUUUAUGUCUAGCCAUUAAGUAAAACACCCCUCAAAUGUAUUAAAAUUUAAGGUUCGAUUAUGCUAUAGAUCAUAUAUUGCAGCAACAGACUUUAGGGAUGCAGAA